GAAAUGUUGCUUCUGGUCACACUGCGACACUGCUGAUAAAUAAAACAAUAUUCAAUAAUAAAUGAGUUUAUAUUAUUUAACUGCACAAAAAUGGAGCAGCAACUGGAAAAAGUGUUGAACGAAAUUGUCACACAACAGGAUACUGUGGGUGCAUUGCUAGCAAAUCGACAGGGGCUUUGUCUGGGCGCCAAGGGCAACAUUAAUCCCAAUGUUUCGGGCAUCGGCAUGGCCAUCUCGGAGCAGGUAGCGAAGCUGGAGCCUAACAGCAGUGUGCCGGCGACCAUUUGCCUUUACAGUGGCUCCAAGCGCUGUGUUAUACAAAAGGAUGGCGAGAUAACAGGCAUCAUUUAUAAGCAGGCCACAACAGGGUCGACUGCGGCCAGCAAUUAGCAGCUGCAUUUGCCACCAAACACACUCAUCAACACAACAAUCUUCCAACAACACCAAUAACAACAAUACUACUACUACUACUACUAUUAGUAAAGAAGAGCAACCAAAGCAAAUGUUUAAUCAUUGCAAUCAUUGCAAUUCUCUGAUUAAGCUGCAAUUCUGCUUUAUUUCACUAGAAAUGCCAAUAGUCUAUUUGCUUUUUGUUUUUUAAUUUUUGCUUUUUAACUUGAUAUUUACUACAUAGCAUGUACAACAGAUCUAUUGUUCAUACCAUUGUACAUAUGCAAGCUUAAUUCAUGUAUAUAGUAUACAUUUUGUACGAUUAAGCCUACAAGUGAUCAAAAAACUUAUAUAAUGCAUACACUUUAAGCUGUUCCGAAUUCCAAUUUCGAUAUGUUUUCUAUUCACUUUUUUUCUUUCUGCUACAUUACAAGUAUUCGAAAUAUGAUCAUAAAGAAACUAUUCUAUUAUUAUUAUGGAUUUUCUUUUGUUUUACAUGAAUUUUGUAUACCCGGUAGAAAUGUAUAAAACUGGAUCUCAAAAGAUUGUAAUGUUGACGUUCAAUAAUGUUAAAAAUUAUUCAAGAAAUAUUUCGAAACUAUAUGUACCGGGUAUUUAACAGUCACGCCUAGUGCACUGUAGAUUUCUUCUCAUUAUUAUUAUUUUAUUUUGUUCACUUUUUCCAAUGUGCCGAAUUCGGAAAUGGCCCCAAAAAAGAAAGAAAGAAAAAUAUAAUGUAAUAGUCGAAAAAUGCUGAA